CAGGAUUGCCAGACGCUGCCACACAGGACGAUGGUACUCACACUACUAGGAUACUUGCUGCUGCUUAUGUGGGCUGUGAGCGCAUCGGACGGAGUGAGAGAAGCUACGGUUGGGACGGACCACACCUCUCCCACACCCACACCACAGACCCCAGCCACUGACUACUACUCCCACAGUACCCCGGACAUCAAGGGGGGCAUGGAGCAUGCCCCCAGUCCGCUGGAGGUACACCAGGAGUCCUUCCCAGGACGGGUAUCAGCUACCGAGCCAUACAUUGAUCCCGCUACCCCGCUGAAGGUCCGCGCCUAUGCUGGCACCACUGCCUUCAUACCCUGCAUUGUAAAUAACCUCGGCCAACGCUCGGUGUCAUGGGUACGACACCAGGACAUACACGUGUUGACCGUGGGUCGCUUUACCUUCACCAACGACGACAGGUUUGAGGUCCACCACGACGAUGGUAGUAACGAGUGGGUGCUGAGACUUAGGUCUCCCACCGCCAACGAUUCUGGAACGUAUGAGUGUCAGAUCAACACCAAGCCAACCAUCACUCAACUCAUCAAUCUCAGCGUCCUUGAGCCACGAGCGGUGAUCACGGCAGGAAGAGAGCUCUACCUGGACAGAGGCUCAACUCUCCGUCUAACCUGUCAGGUUAGAGACGCCCCAACGCCUUCAGACUUCCUUCUAUGGUACCACGAGCAGAAGGUUGCUAACUACGAGGUAGAAAAGGUCCAGGUGACGGUGAGGCUUGAGAAUGGAACCACAGUGAGCAGUCUCACCCUGGGGGACGCCCAGGUGUACAACUCAGGACAGUACACCUGCAGUCCCUCCAACGCCAAGCCUGCCUCCAUCCGUGUACAUGUGCUCAGUGGUGAACAUCCAGCAGCCAUGCAGACCAACACAGCCCCACCAUGUCUGCUGUGUGGAGGGGCAACUACCACCUUCGCCUCCUCCAACUCCCUAUACAGCAGUGUCUGCUCCACAGCGUCGCUGCUCCCGUUGACCAUCUCUGCGGCCACAUCUGCGCUCUGCUUCAGGUCUCUGCAGCCGCUUCCCUUGACGCUGCUGCUCCUGACGGUGGCGUUGCGGGUGUUCACAGCGCUUCUCCAGAUCUCUUGAUCAUCCUCAGGGGAGACUUCGAUGGUUUUCUUUGCCUACCGAAGGUGUCACGCCGUGUGAGCUCGCGGCUCUCUCCCGGUAAAGCUAUUUCAUUACAUGAUCGUUGGACUUUUAUCGUCUAUAUCAGACGCACUUGUGUAAAUACAAAAAAUUAAUAAAACUUUGUGGUAAAAAUAUUUUUUUCUGUGUGUAUGCGCGUGCUCAGGCGCAGCUGCGAUCGUUCAUCUCAGCGCCAUCAUGCGCUGGGAGUUAUUUUUCUGGGGCUGUUGGAGACAUGGAGAAGCUAAAAACUCUUACAAGGACAUGCAGAAACUUCGUGAGUUUAUUAUAAUUAUAGCUAAGUGCUAAACCCAUAAGGGUCAUACAUAAUUUAUUUUUGUCCAGGGAUUCGAUCCCCGGAGCUCAUUGAUGAGAGGCGCGACUCUCACCACUGGGCUACGACUGUUGGUGAAGCCGAGAACUCAAGGACCUAAAGAAGCCUCUAGUGUCCUCAUCUUUAGGGGACGAGAAACAGAGACGGGGACUCCGGUCUUCUUCUUUUGGCAACCCAUUUAGUUGCAUCUUUUAAAGCCGAGUAUUUUGUUUUGUACCUCCCAGGAGCCGGUUCUGCAAAUGACUCUGAGACUGUCCGGUGUACUGCAAGGUCUCGGGAGACGUUCAAAAUGAAACUGCCCGGUCAGAUUCUCUGAAUUGUUCCCACACUCUUCAAUUUUCAAAAGCCCUUGAGGUCCCUUGAAUAGACGCAGGAUCUAAAAACUCUGGAUUAUUUUGAUUUUAUGGGAAAGCGCUAAACCCAUAAGGCUCAAACAGUGCCUGAGGUAUGGAAGGUAAACAUUAUUGUUAUUUUAUUCAUGGGGAAAUUUCGUUGAUGGAUAAAUGCAUGCGAGUUUUACCGGGUAGAAACAAAGAACUUUAUAAUACAAUUUAACCUCGCGUGCCGUAAGGUCAAUGCGCCACGCAUCACGGCGUGUAAUGGUUUACUUCUCUCAUAACUCCUGCUAAUGACAGAUCUUGGGUAAGUCUUGUCCUCACGGUAACUUGGCCGUGCCAGCAAUUCGGUAUCCCCCAAGGCAUACUUGUAACUGGUGGCCUAAAUUAUUUGUUCCUUCUUUCAAGGUUUUCGUUUAUAACCUGAAAAUGCCUCAUCUGAUCACCUUCAAUUUUUUUUUAUGCCAGGGAAUUUCAUGCAACUUUUGGCAGGUGCAGCUACGAUCUGAUAAGUGACAUUUGCUGUAGAUCACUCGCAGUGUCCUGGCCAUAAUUUGGGAAAGCCACUCCUGAUGGCGUUCAAACUUUCAACGCUGAUGGAUCCUAUUUAGAAGAAAGUUGGGAUUGUAAUUGGACUGUGUAGGUACUGAUUUGCACCGACACACUCCAGUUUUAUUUCCCGUAAAAUAACAGCAGUAGGCCUGUCUUGAAUGGCUUAAGCCUUUAAUGGCUGUUGCAGCUUUUGGAAAGUAUGAUACAAUUUGGGGAAAAAAAAGUGUAGGUGUACAUUUUCCUUUUUGCUGCCAUAAUUAAUAAACUCGGAAUUGACGGAUUCUGUAUGAUACCUGGAGAAUGCAUAUUCUGAUCAGAUUCAAACUUUUAGCCAUGUCAUUUUUUUUCAAAGAAAGUUUUGGAAUGAUUUUGAGUUAUGUAUAUUUUUAUAUGCUAGUUUUGCUAACCAAACUGUUUUUCAUGUAAUGGAAAAUAAUGCCUCUUCUAACAGGGCUUAAAAUUCUAAAAGCAAGUGUGUCAUAGAAAAAACUUUGCACUAGGAUGAAAAUGUAGGUGCUAAUUUGUUAAUUUUGUUGAAGAUAUUGGUUUUCGUGCAAUAAUUUAUGAAUGCUUCACCCGAUCGACUUCAAACCUUACAGUCAGAUAACUUGAGAAUUCAUCUUGAGAACGACUUCAAAUUUGAACUGCUGGUGUAAUUUCGGGCUAAAACAAAUCUCUUCGCGAUAACUAGAGAAUGCCUCUUCCAAUUGGCUUUAAACUCCCAAAUCUCGUGUAUCUUAGUGGAAGACUCAAAUUGUUUUUGGGUUGUGUAGGCGCCGGCACGACUUGCCAUUUUUAUUGGAGAAAUUGUGAUGUUAAUUUUCAUGUGGUUACUUUCGAAUACUUCUUCUUACUGACUUCAAAUCUUCGAAACUGAUAUUGGACUGCAUAGGAAGCUUACGUAGCACUUUGUACUAUUCCUUCUGUGCACACUAAGAUUGAGGGAGCUGAGCUUAUGGGAUACGGGGACCGAAACACAUUUUGUUAACUUGCGGAUGUUAAGGAUUUUUAUAGGUUAAGGUUGCAUAGGAAAUAUCAAGCUAGAUGACAAGGAAGGAAAACAAGUGCAAAUAAACCAGCGUAGAAAUGAAGGUUACGGAGCUAAAGAGACGUGUGAAAUCGCAAGAUUGUCUCUUCUAAUUAUUGGAGACAUUCACUGUGUUUCUGUCCCAGGAAAAUAAACACAAAUGUGGUAUAAUGCGUGCUUUUGCUUACUAUUCUCGCCUCCACAGUUGACUUUAUCAAGUCAUAAACAGGGUAAAGAGUACAUGAGUAUAUAUGGUGUAGUGAAUCAGGUGGAGAAUGUUCGGGAGGUAUAUAUUAUCUUUUAUCUCCAUACUAUCUCUGCUACAGCUGCGUUAUGUAUUGUUUCAACGAACGUAUAUCUCUAAUUACGUUCUAUUUAGCUUGAAUAUCCAGAGGAUGAGCAACACAUCACCUACGAUACCUCAGCUUCAAAAUCAUAAAAGGUCGAUCACCAGUGUCAGACGACCAAAAGCUCCAGCUACGGGGUUAUUAUAUGACUAAGACCCACGUCAGGAAACACUUAUUCCGUUUCCUGACAAACCUUACCUAACCUAACCAAGCCGAUCACGUUACUGCAAAAUACACAUUCUGUACCUCCACACCUACAUCAUGCUGCUUUGAAAUUGGGUUCAUCAUUCUGAAAUGUACCAUACUGCUUUGAAAUUGGGAUCAUCUUUCUAAAAUGUAGCGCUCACAGUUCACGUCUUGUUUUGCUCCACACUGGGAAGUUAAUCAAUGCAUUAUUGUUAUGUAAUUUCCACUUUCACUAACCAAAAUAAAAAAAAAACUCGUAUCCCUGCAAGAAUAUUUUUUACUCGCUGUAAAUGCCACCUGUAAAUAGUGUAAAUUUUGUAAA